UUAUCACCAUCUUCAGUGGGAACUGUGAGAACUCAGAAGCCUACCAAUCGUUUUCAUUAAUCAAGACAGACAUUAUACAAGAAGUUCCAAGCAAAAUGUGUACACCAAUUGUAUCACACCUGAAUAUGGAGCAGCUGCUCACCUGCCCUUACGAACCUGCUCACAGGAUCCGUCGUUUCAAAAUGUGUCUGCAUAUCAAUAAAUGCCGGAGGAACUAUGAGAAGAACAACCCAGAGCAAGAAAUGAAAACCUGCAUCUACAAUUUCAAUCAUGUUGUCCCGGAAAUGGAGUGGGAAUAUCACAUGGAGGAAUGUGAUGAUAGGAUCAAGGGUGACAGAGUAAGGUAUCAAAUUGAAACGGAUCCAGAGCCUGCUGUCGAAAACACAAACCAGAUACCUGUCAGUGACAUCCCUCAUGUUGAAUGUGAUGAUGACUGGAACCUACCUACGACUGUAGGGUCAGUCAAUGCCAAUAUUCAAGCCAGCUUGAAGGAACGCAAAGUCAUCAUUCCGAGGCAAGGAGCUACAAAAUCCGAGCGCAAAGCUCACUACAUGGAGGAGCGGAAACGCCAUAAUGUAUUCGAUGAUGUAAAUAAGCCAUCCACCUCGUUUGCCUCUGCUCCUAUUGAUAAUAAUCAGCCCUUACGAAAACCGAGAACCACAUCCGUUCUUUCUGAUUUUCCAUCGACUGCAUCUUCUUCCACUCAGCAAGCCCCUCCAAGCCCAAAAGCGAAACAGACUGAAAAGUCGAAAACUGCCGUCAAUGCUCCCCCACAGGCCUUUCCCAAAGGCCGCGGCCGAGCUCCUGGUGACAAUGUUGUCUCAGCUCCUAAACCUGAGCCUAAAGUUGGCUGCCGCCUUCCAGGUACAAGCAAAGCUGUUAAUCCUGCGCCCACUCCUAACAUUAAUGGUGUGUCCCAAAACAUGGCAAACUUAAAUAUUGAUCCCCUCAAAUUUGGUGGCAUUGAUGAAGAUGGAUUCAUCAGUAUUCCCAUCCCGAAUAAAGGCCGUGGGCGCAAGUUAAAUCCCUCUGCGUAGCUGUGUAGCUGCGUAGCUGUGUAGCUGCAUAGCUGCGCAGGUUGAUCAAUUCCUAAUUCAAGUGCUACUUUAAACUAAGUUGAAUCAUUUAACUUAGUGUUUUUUGUAAUUAUGUACUUUAUAGUCAAGUGUGAAAUCAAUAAAUUUAUCAAGUGCUGAAGGUUGAUCCUCAGCUUAUCUUUAUCAGUUUAUCUCCAAUUAUGUAGCAUUGAUUCCUUACUGACCUAAGAUGGAGACCAUCUUAUCCAACUUUCAACUCUAAAUGAAAUUUUAAUUUUUUAACCCAGCAGAUAAAAAAUUUAGAAGUUCACUGUUUCAUAUCCUGAUAGAAUGUUUUUUGAAUUUACCGAGAAUUUGAGCUGUAUUUGUGACCUUUGAGUAUUGGGUGUGUCUAGUUUCGAUUUUCGUGUACGCCAUAGUUAUCCUUCCUUAUAAAUUUUAUUUAUGUGGUGUGUGGUAAAUUUAUUAUUCUUGUGAAUGAUUUGUAGAUGUAUUUAGCAAUUUUUUCUGUAUUCUAUUUUUUAUGAUCAUAAUAUUAAUACAUUCAAUAUUCAUUA